GGAAAACGAAACUGCCUGAUCGUUAAGGGGAUUAUUAAACAUGGCGGAAGGUUACAAGUCAGUGUUUAAUACUUCAGAGGAAAUUUACGAUUUUUAUUGCUCACCCUGUUUAGAAGAAAAGAGAAACAAUGAAGCUGAAAAGUAUUGCACCAGUUGUAAAUUGUAUUAUUGCAAGAGUUGUCUAAGAGACCACAAUAAGUUUCCAGCGCUCAAGUUUCACAAGAUCAAGGAUGUUUUGUCUAUCACGGCAGGAAAUGUACCACAGGUUGAUAGCCGAGCGACUUCCCUCACUGAGCCAUGUGAGCACCAUCCUGAUGAAAUCGUGAAGAUGUACUGCGGCAAACAUGAUGUUGUCUGCUGUACCGUUUGUAUUGCACUGGAUCACAGAGAAUGCAAAGCUGUCGAUUACAUCCCUAAGCUUGCCAAAGACAUAGGAAAAAGCACAGCGUAUACAGACUUCAUGAAAGACAUGAGAAAAGUGAAAUUGGAAUACGAGAGAACAAAACAAGCUAUCGAAGAAGAAAUACAAAACAUGACUGAUGUAAAGGAAGAUAUAAUAAAAGACAUAAAACGUUACAAAUUAGAAGUAGUAGCAAAACUAGGGGAAUUGGAGAGAAAAUCAAUCGAUCGCGUGAAUGAGAGAUACAAGCUUAUUACUGAGAAAAUGAAUGCGAUAGCUACUAAGGUAGCUGAAUGUUUGGGUAAAGUAACAACACAUUUGCAAGAGUCAGAAAGCAAAAGUGAGGCAGAAAAAUUUGUGCGUAUGAAAAAAAUGAAAGAGCGAAAGAUGGCGGAAAUGGAUAUAAGUCUUCAAAACGUCGAAGCUCUUAGCUUUUCUUUAGACAGGCGAUUUCAGUCGGUCUUAGACGAAACUGACACACUUGUUAAAGUUGAUACACCUGUUGAAGUAACAUUAAAGAGAAAAUACAAUAUUUCAUUCAAAAAUGACACAAGUACAUGCAGUGUAAGUGAUAUUUGUAUUUUGAACGAUGAUACAGUAGUUUUAGCUGACAUAGACAGCUUGAAGAGACUUGACCGGUCAUUUUCCAAACUGGAGAAACUAGAUAUUACUGGACAGCCAUUUGGCAUUUGCCGAACUUCGUACAAUGAAUUUGCAGUUACCUUGCGUGUGUCACAAAAGGUUCAGUUUGUUUCUUAAACUGAUAAGGUCAUGAUUCUGACAAAUGCUUUCCAUGCGGGAGCUCCAUGCAAAGGCAUUUGUCUUGUUGACGGUAUUUUUUUCAUUUCAUGUGGGGGAGGAGAUGAAGACGACGUUUCUGGACAUAUUAGAAAGUUUGAUAUGUCCGGAAAAUUGUUAUGCACUAUUGACACUGACAGAAGUGGUGAAAAAAUGUUAACUUCACCGAGACACAUACAUUUUAAUGUUGACAAGAAUAAGAUAUUUGUAGCAGACAGAGACAACGGACUGAUUGUUCUUGACAAAACUGGACAGAGACUUUCCAGGAACAGGCACAUAACUCUGAACGGAGCAUUUACAGUGAUUAGUUCGAAGUAUGGCCUUUUCCUGACUGGUUUGGACUCUCACAAUAUUGUACAGUAUGGUGAAAAGGGAAGGUGCAUAGGGACUGUGUUAAACGAAGAAAAUGCUUUGGCCCUUUAUGUCGAUGAUUUAAAAGGUCAAAUGAUUCUUAGCAUGGACGACAGCGAUAAAAUAUUUCUUUUUAACAUUUCCACUUAAUCGAAAAAUUAACUGGACUAAAUUUAAAUCUUCAAAGGUACACAAAUUAAGAAUAAGGCGACAAUGGGUUUAAGUGCUGUCUCUGUAGUGUAUGAAAGAAUAGCUAUGAGUUCGUGUGUGCACAAUUUUAAACAGUUUAGUUAAUGAUGUAUAUUGAUGAUGAAAUUUGUUUUCGCUUGUUUUCAGUACCACAAAUUAUAUACAUGUACUAUUACAUUGUAAGGUACACCAUGAUGUAAAUUUUAUUGUAUGGCUAGGUUAUAACACUUCCCCGCUCUUCACUAAUAAUUUUCAGCUUUAAUCAGACUCUGUUUUUAAAUUUCAGUUACACAUAUAUUACUUGUAACCUAAUUCCGGGAUUAAAAAAAAACAAAAAAAAAAAAAA